GGGAUGCUGAAGGUGCUGAAAUAGCCGCAACGACAAGCAACUUGGCUCAGUGUUAAAUAUCUACAGUGCUGCCUGAAAGACCAUGAGAUGACAAUAGGGAGAAUGGAGAAUGUGGAGGUCUUCAUUUCGGAUGGCAAAGGCAGGAGUCUGAAGGCCACUAAGGAGUUCUGGGCUGCGGACAUCAUCUUCGCUGAGCGGGCUUAUUCUGCAGUGGUUUUUGACAGCCUCGUUAACUUUGUGUGCCACACAUGCUUCAAGAGGCAGGAGAAGCUCCAUCACUGUGGGCAGUGCAAGUUUGCCUAUUACUGUGACCGUACCUGCCAGAAGGAUGCUUGGCUGAACCACAAGAAUGAGUGUUUGGCCAUCAAGAGAUAUGGGAAGGUGCCCAAUGAGAACAUCAGGCUGGCUGCACGCAUCAUGUGGCGGGUGGAAAGAGAGGGUACUGGGCUCACAGAGGGCUGCCUGGUCUCCGUGGAUGAUCUGCAGAACCAUGUGAUGCACUUUGGGGAGGAGGAGCAGAAGCAACUGCAGGUGGAUGUGGACACUUUCUUGCAGUACUGGCCACCCAAGAGCCAGCAGUUCAGCAUGCAGUACAUCUCGAACAUCUUUGGUGUGAUUAACUGCAAUGGUUUUACACUCAGUGAUCAGAGAGGCCUGCAGGCAGUGGGUGUUGGCAUCUUCCCCAACUUGGGCCUGGUGAACCAUGACUGUUGGCCCAACUGCACCGUCAUAUUUAACAAUGGCAAUCAUGAGGCAGUGAAAUCCAUGUUUCACACUCAGAUGAGAAUUGAACUCCGGGCCCUGGGCAAGAUUGCAGAAGGAGAAGAACUGACAGUGUCCUAUAUUGAUUUUCUUAAUGUCAGUGAAGAACGCAAGAAGCAGCUCAAGAAGCAAUACUACUUUGACUGCACUUGUGAACACUGCCAAAAAGGGCUGAAGGAUGACCUCUUUUUGAGGGUGAAGGAUGACCCAAAGCCCUCUCAAGAUGUGGUAAAGGAAAUGAUACAAUUCUCUAAUGAUACGCUGGAGAAAAUUGACAAGGCUCGCUCUGAGGGUUUGUACCAUGAGGUUGUGAAAUUAUGCCGAGAGUGCCUGGAGAAGCAGGAGUCAGUGUUUGCUGACACUAAUCUCUACAUGCUGCGGAUGCUGAGCAUUGUUUCAGAGGUCCUCUCCUACCUCCAGGCAUUUGAGGAGGCCUCUUACUACGCCAGGAGGAUGGUGGAUGGCUAUAUGAAGCUCUACCACCCCAAUAAUGCCCAACUGGGCAUGGCUGUGAUGAGGGCUGGGCUGACCAACUGGCAUGCUGGUAACAUUGAAGUGGGGCACGGGAUGAUCUGCAAAGCCUAUGCCAUUCUCCUGGUCACACAUGGACCCUCCCACCCAAUCACUAAGGACUUAGAGGCCAUGCGGGUGCAGACAGAGAUGGAGCUGCGUCUGUUCCGCCAGAACGAGUUCAUGUACCACAAGAUGCGUGAGGCUGCCCUGAACAACCAGUCCAUGCAGGUCAUGGCCGAGCCCAGCAAUGAGCCAACACCACCUCUGUUCCAUAAGAAGCAAUGAUGAUCUGCCUUGUGUUGGGGGCACCAUGGCUGGGGAGCUGGGGAGACUUUCUGGAGGUAGUGGGUUUCUUGGGAUGUCAUUGAUGAAGAAGUCAGAGUAAUGCUCAACCUUGUUGCUAUGGGAAUGUACUACCCAAAAUAAUACUUUGUUCUCCAGUAUUAUUUUGGUUCAUUUCAACUCAGCUCAAUUCAACUUAACUCAUUCUACAGCCCAACUCAUCCUACAAAUAUUUAUUGGGUGGUAGGCCCUAGAGAUAAGGCUCCAAAAGUAGCUGAGAAGGCAAAAUGUAAACAAACAAUUAAAGUGUUAUGUAAUAAUAAAUGCAAUGGUAAACUAUAUGGAGAGAGUGGAUGAGAUAAAGAACACGUGUCUGAUGUGUGUGUGUAUGCAGUAGAGAAUAUGAAGGGAAUGACUUCUGAGCUGAGGGUGGCAGGUGCCUGGAGUCUCAGGUGGCUGCUUACCCAUAUGUGUAAGAGUCUCUGGGUCUGCUGGUCUUACCCAUGGUCUGGAAUAGUCAGGAUUUAGCUGACUAGGAUGGGUGAUGUCCAGUUUCCUCAGGUAAGUGUGGCGUUAUAAAGAAGGGGCUGUGUUUGGACCAUUUAGCUUCUACUUAAAGAACUGAAAUCUUUUCAGAAUGGUGCA